UUCACUGAGUCUCUCUCUCUCUCUCUCUCUCUACACAUUUAGUAUAUGGGAAUUUCAAACCUUUUUGGGACUCAUAAAUCUUUCGGUUUUUGGAAUCGAAAGAAUCUGAGAAUCCAAACACCAACCCAGAUACCGGCGCCGAUGAUCAAACCAAGUCAUUGAUCUCCCCGGCGGAGUUACAUUGAUUCGAUUUUGGAUCUAAGAUUCCAAUUUCAUCGUCUUUGGUGUGGGAAGAAAAGAAGAAAAAGAAAUGUCGAAGGUAGUGUAUGAAGGAUGGAUGGUGAGGUAUGGAAGAAGAAAGAUCGGAAGAUCGUAUAUUCAUAUGAGGUAUUUCGUGUUGGAACCUCGUCUUUUAGCUUAUUACAAGAAGAAGCCUCAAGAUAAUCAGCUGCCUAUCAAGACGAUGGUUAUUGAUGGAAACUGUAGAGUUGAGGAUCGAGGAUUGAAGACACAUCAUGGACAUAUGGUUUACGUGUUGUCUAUUUAUAACAAGAAAGAAAAGCACCACAGAAUCACGAUGGCAGCGUUCAACAUCCAGGAAGCGUUAAUGUGGAAGGAAAAAAUUGAGUGUGUCAUAGAUCAGCAUCAAGAGUCUCUAGUACCAAGUGGUCAGCAAUAUGUUUCUUUCGAAUAUAAGCCUGGAAUGGAUGCUGGAAGGACUGCUUCAUCUUCAGAUCAUGAAAGCCCGUUCAGUGCGCUGGAGGAUGAAGAUGACUCUCGACGUGAUUUAUUGAGGAGGACAACUAUUGGAAAUGGCCCUCCAGAAGCUAUACUUGACUGGACUAAGGAGUUUGAUGCUGAGUUGUCAAACCAGAGUUCCAGCAAUCAAGCAUUUUCGAGAAAACACUGGCGUCUCCUUCAGUGCCAAAAUGGUCUACGGAUUUUUGAAGAGCUACUUGAAGUUGAUUAUCUUCCAAGAAGCUGCAGCAGGGCAAUGAAGGCUGUUGGUGUAGUGGAGGCCACAUGUGAGGAAAUAUUCGAGCUUGUUAUGAGCAUGGAUGGCACUCGAUAUGAGUGGGACUGCAGUUUUCACAAUGGGAGAUUAGUGGAAGAGGUUGAUGGUCACACAGCAAUACUCUAUCACAGACUUCUGCUCGACUGGUUUCCAAUGGUUGUGUGGCCUCGUGAUCUCUGCUAUGUACGCUAUUGGCGUCGUAAUGACGAUGGAAGUUAUGUGGUAUUGUUUCGUUCUAGGGAGCAUGAAAAUUGUGGUCCACAACCUGGAUUUGUUCGGGCUCAUCUUGAGAGUGGAGGAUUUAACAUCGCCCCACUAAAGCCCCGGAAUGGAAGGCCUAGGACACAGGUGCAACAUCUAAUACAAAUCGAUUUGAAAGGGUGGGGUGCAGGUUAUCUUCCAGCAUUUCAACAACAUUGUCUUCUUCAAAUGCUAAACAGUGUUUCUGGUUUGCGCGAGUGGUUCUCACAGACAGAUGAUAGAGGUCAACCGAUCAGGAUCCCUGUUAUGGUUAAUAUGGCAUCUUCCUCCCUAGCUUUGAGAAAAGGUGGAAAGCCUCAGCAUAAGUCUUCCCUUUCGAUUGAUCAAACAAAUGGUGCCAGCAGAAACUCGGUGCUAAUGGAUGAAGAAUCGGAUGACGAUGACGAGUUUCAGAUACCUGAUUCAGAACCAGAGCCUGAAACGAGUAAGCAGGAGCAGGAGACUGAUGCCAAGAAAACAGAAGAAGAACCUGCUCUCGAUAUUGAUCUCUCCUGUUUUUCGGGUAAUCUGCGACAUGAUGAUAAUGAAAAUGCCCGUAACUGCUGGAGGAUUUCUGAUGGGAAUAACUUCAAAGUCCGUGGCAAGAGUUUCUGUGAAGAUAAAAGGAAGAUUCCUGCUGGGAAGCAUCUUAUGGAUCUCGUCGCCGUUGAUUGGUUCAAAGACACUAAAAGAAUGGAUCAUGUGGUUAGACGCAAGGGCUGUGCAGCACAAGUUGCUGCGGAGAAGGGUCUUUUCUCAAUGGUAGUAAAUGUUCAAGUUCCUGGAUCAACACACUACAGUAUGGUAUUUUAUUUCGUGACCAAAGAACUCGUACCUGGAUCCCUCUUCCAACGUUUUGUUGAUGGUGAUGACGAAUUUCGGAAUAGUAGGCUCAAGCUUAUACCUUUAGUCCCCAAGGGUUCAUGGAUAGUAAGGCAAAGUGUGGGAAGCACUCCGUGUCUCCUCGGGAAAGCAGUGGAUUGUAACUAUAUCCGCGGUCCAACAUACUUGGAAAUAGAUGUAGAUAUCGGCUCAUCAACAGUCGCAAAUGGAGUUCUCGGUCUUGUCAUCGGCGUAAUUACAUCUUUGGUUGUCGAAAUGGCGUUCCUUGUACAGGCGAACACACCAGAAGAAUUGCCAGAGAGGCUAAUCGGGGCGGUGAGGGUUUCUCAUAUAGAGCUAUCAUCUGCUAUAGUUCCAAAUUUGGAUUCAGAGAGUAGUCCCUAAGCUCUUCCUCCUAGACUCAAAAACUUUCAAUCAACUUCGUGUUUUGGUCUGUCUCUAUUUUUAUCUCUUUUUAUUUUUAUUAUUGCGUCAUUAUAGGUGUCGUUCUCUUAGCCAAUACUCACAAAAGUAAAAGACUUAGAACAACAAUUAUUUUUGUAAAAUAUAACACGUAUGCUAUUACUAAAUUAUUAUUAUUUUAUAUUGAUUUGAGAAAA